AGGAGCCUAGAUAGCCGCAGACGAAAACAGCAUGGACGGUGCACAGUAACGUAACUCAGUUACAGCCAGCCUCAAAGUAAGCGACCUUGUUUUUUGCGUGUUUUAGAAAGCGGCUGCUUUUGCGGUUUUGGUUCAACUCAAGAUGCGUAGUUUGCGUGACCGGACGUUAGUUGCGUGAAGCGGCGCUCGUGACUCUGUAGCUAACCUGCUAUAGUGUUUGUGUUGGGUUAACGUUAGCUGGCUAACCUCAAGGGGAGUGGUUGUCAAAGUGUCACCAGUUUGUUUUAAAAAAAAGGGAAGAAAAGUCCUCCUGCUUGAAAAAGAACAGGUGCAGAAACUGAGAAAAAGACUGUUUAUUUAAUCAGAAAGGCAGCUGUUCAACAAGUGUAUGUGUGCAGCCUGCAAACCCCCCUGAGAGCUGGCAGGUGUGUGUACAGUGAGCUGGCAUGGGGAAUGGAGUACAGGAACAUCGGGGGGCGCUCACACAGGGUGAGGUGCUGCCACGGCCCUCCUCCAGCCAAUCAGAGGGUUUUAAGCAGGGCCGAUCUGUGUUGAACUCAUUGCUCUCUGGAGCCUUCGCAGGAGCUGUGGCUAAAACAGCUGUAGCUCCACUGGACAGGACCAAGAUCAUUUUCCAAGUGUCUUCAAACAGAUUUUCUGCCAAGGAAGCGUACCGGUUGAUUUAUCGCACUUAUCUGAAGGAAGGCUUCCUGAGCUUAUGGAGGGGCAACUCAGCCACCAUGGUGAGGGUCAUCCCUUACGCAGCCAUCCAGUUUUGCGCCCACGAACAAUACAAGAGGCUUCUGGGAGGCUAUUAUGGCUUUCAGGGCAAGGCUCUGCCUCCUGUCCCUAGACUCGUGGCUGGCUCACUGGCUGGCAUCACAGCCGCCAUGCUCACAUACCCGCUCGACAUGGUGCGCGCCCGCAUGGCAGUCACGCCGAAAGAAAUGUACAGUAACAUAAUGCACGUGUUCGUGCGGAUCUCUCGCGAGGAAGGACUGAAGACCCUCUACAGGGGAUUCACUCCAACUAUACUGGGAGUGGUUCCUUACGCAGGCCUCAGCUUCUUCACCUACGAGACGCUUAAGAAACUCCAUGCAGAGAAGACAGGAAGACCUCAUCCCUACUCAUAUGAACGGCUGGCGUUUGGCGCAUGCGCCGGCCUCAUCGGUCAGUCAGCAUCUUACCCGCUAGACGUGGUGCGACGGCGCAUGCAGACGGCAGGAGUGACCGGACACACGUACAGCACCAUCACAGGUACCAUGAGAGAGAUCGUGUCAGAGGAGGGCGUCAUCCGCGGCCUGUACAAAGGCCUGAGCAUGAACUGGGUCAAAGGGCCUAUUGCUGUUGGCAUCAGCUUCAUGACCUUUGACCUCACCCAGAUCUUGCUGCGCAAGGUGGGUGCACGAUAGCCCAUCCUGUGUUGGGAAGACUUUUUAGAGGCAGCACCGUAACCCAUAUCCCUGUAUCUGAGGCAGCCUGGAAAGGAAUAAACAGGGUCUUCUUGCUGCUUGUGUCAGACCCAGGAAGGAGGAAGAGUAGAAACCAGCGCACAUGCUGCCAGCGAAAACAGGAAGUUUAUCAACUGAUGCACAAGCACAGAGACAGGAAUUCUGUGGAAGUACGAGUUUCCCCAUUUUACAGGAAUGUGAAAUGACAUUUUAGUGAUUUUUGUUUUCUGAGUUCUGGAGAAUCUCUUUGUACACACUGUGUGUGUGAGUUUGUGUGUGAAAUUGAGAAACAGAGACAGAUUGAAUGUAUUUCCUGUAUGAUCUCUCUCUCUAUACUGCCAUCUCACAAGUGUCCAAGUCCGGCAACUUCCAGAAAAGGUGUAGUAGUAAGCUAGAGCUGGGCGAUAUUCACAUCAAUGUUCUGUGUAUGACAUACGAACAUACCUGUUUAUGAAAAACAAAUUCAUAUUCAGUAUCAUUCAAUUAAACCGUCCUGGUUGCCAGCAGCCAAUCAGGAGACAGACGUGACAGGGGGAAGAUUGUGAUUUGGUUUAGUUAAUUAUGGAGACCAUUGUGACCAAGUGUGGCUUAGGGUUUAGGUUUUAAAUAAAAAGAAUUUAAAUGAAUUGAACAAGACUGAGAGUUGAAAAUGCCUGAAUCUGUGUGCAUUUUUAAAAAAAUUGACCUGUAAACACUUACAGGAGAAGAAAACUCCCCUAUGUUCACAUAUCGCUCAGCUCUGCUUCAUGCUUGAGCAUGAAACACUUUAUUCUAUAUACUUAUAGAUACUUCCUGUAUCUAUACGUUCUCUCUCCUGUAUUUCUGCGUCUCUGUGUCUGUGUUUGUUUUCCUCCUGCCUUGUGAUGUCUGAUGAGUCCGAGCUGCCUUGAUCUCUAAUUAGCACAUUUUAUUUUAUUUUUUAUAUAAAUCCGAAAUGAUUUGAUUUCCUUUCAGCCAUAUGAACUUGAGACGAUCGCUUAGUAGAGAACCUAUAAAUGUUUCUAGAGAAACAGCAAUAAGGAUGUAAUGGAGCAGAACGGAGAGGUGUAACAGGGAAGUGUGGAGUGUCUUGCUACUCUGGCUCACUGUUGAUGAAUGAAUGGUGUCCACUGCUUCUAUCUUUAUCCUGUGUGGUAUGUGGAGCCGGUCAUACCACAGAGGGAUGAAAGCAGGUGUGUGUGUGUGUGUUGGAGAGAUCUGACCAGCCAGCUGUGGGCAGUAAAAUACAUUUUGGCCCUUAUUGGGAGCUGUGUGUGUGUGGUGUUGGUUCUCUAUUGUCCUACACAUCUCUGAGCUUCUGUAGAUAUGCCCUGGUGUAUAUUGAGUCAUGUGAGGUGAUGUCAGUUGUGUAAAUGAUGAUAAGCUGUGGGUGAGGAUAUACUAAGUGCCUACAGGGAGGGUAAAAAGAUAUAACUGAAACACUAUCAGAAAAAAUGGGACAUGCAUUUUGUACUUUUAUUAUGGAUCUUUCACCUUGAGUUAAGGUACCCGGCUUGACUGAAGCGUUAAGUUGAAAUAAACAGUACAAAGUGCGUAUGCUUUAGGGUCCUACUCCAGGGUCCUACUCCAGAGCGGUACAGUCGAGUCCCCUUUCUUUCUCCUAAAUCUUAAUGCCAUGCGAUCAUGUGGGAUAAAAGUGCAAUAGGUAAGCGCUCGUUCUGCGUGAUUUUUUUUUUUUUAAUAUCGUCCACGUUUCAGCUCUUUGGUGUUCAGGUGAAUCACCUUCCAUGUAUUCUGGUGUUUAUGAUCUCCUGAGGCGACUUAAAGGAAUACCCCAGCGCUUUGCUGGGUCUCUGGUGGUCGUCUGAUUUAACUAUGAACUGCAAUUUCAUCUGACAUCUGAAAACAGAACAAAUAUUAUUUAGAGUCAAAAGGACAAUUUAUGCAAAACACUUUGAAGAAUUCUUUAGUAACACACACACACACUUUUAUAUAUAUAUAUAUAUAUAUAUAUAUAUAUGUAUGUAUGUAUGUAUGUAUGUAUGUAUGUAUAUAUAUAUAUAUAUAUAUAUAUAUAUAUAUAUAUAUAUAUAUAUAUAUAUAUAUAUAUAUAUAUGUAUGUAUGUAUGUAUGUAUAUAUAAGUCAAGGCCUUAGUGUUACUCGGUAUGAUUAGCGCUUUCGGAUGCGUCUGAUGUAUCGUUUGUCGUUCUGUAGCUGUGAUGGUGCUGUAAUAACUUCCAUCCAGCUUUCAUUUCAGUAACACGUUCUGUCACGUCUUCCUCGUCGUAACCAGUCACUGUUAGCGUCUAACAGUUGUGUUGAAUUCACAGUGUACACUUUGUACUUUAUAAGUGAAUGUUGACUGACUAGUUUUUCUGUUCUUUCUGUUUUUGUAGAGGAAAAUUUCCGUUCUGCGUUUGCCCGAGUGCCGAUUUUUCCCGAGUGUAUGCUGUUGAUUAGUGGACGAUGUACGGUGUCCGUUUUAUGUUAGUUAAGGAUGGGUCGCAAACCUCGAAAUAAUAUCAGACUAGCUUUAAUAGAGAGAGAGCGAGGGUGGCUGAGUUGAGCAUGCACGACCGUAUCGGCCAGUGAAAGGUGCAGUGUAUUGCGUACGCACAAAGAUAUCGAAGAGGAACUGUAGUGUGUGUGUGUGAGAGCACCUCAGUUCAGCGAGCACUGAGCACUGCAACACUCGCGAUUUGGGUGACCCUCGACAAUACUGCCCUUCAUACUCAGGUUAUACUAAAGUUACUGUGUAAAUUACAUAACAUCUUGAGCAUAAAACUCAGCAGCAACCAACAUAAACAGAGCUAAAUGUAAAGGUUUCAUAAUGCCAGGAAGUAGGUUUCCGGGAUUCAGUAUCGGUAUCGGUGUGUACUCGUCCUCAGUCUUGCCCUCAGUGGGUCCCUAGUCUGUGGUAACUGCACAAAUGCAAUGAAUAUAAAGUGGCUUUAAAAACAGUAAAGUAUUCCCUCUAAUAUUCUCCUUUAUCUCGUCAGCUCUCUGAUGGAGUGACGUGGAAAGUGUUGAUACCUGCAUUUACUUGGAUUUAAAGUCUGACAGUCAGACGUUUUGCACUGUUAUUCAGUGGUGUUGUGUUUUAAUGAAAUCGUGUAUUAGGACUGUGUGCUUGUUCGAGCCGUGACCUUUCUCUCAUUCGCACAAAUAAUAACGUCAGACAAGGUCAAGAUAAAACUGAACAAAAUGACAUCUGGUCCAAAAUCUCGUCAUGUUCUCAUUUUGUCUCUCUCUCUCUCUCAUUCUCUGUCUCUCUCUCUCUGUGUCUCUCUCUCUCUCUGUGUCUGUCUCUGUUUUUCUCUCUCUCUGUUUUUCUCUCUGUCUGUCUGUCUGUCUGUCUGUCUCUCUCUCUCUCUCUCUCUCAUUCUCUGUCUCUCUCUCUCUGUGUGUCUGUCUCUGUUUUUCUCUCUCUGUUUUUCUCUCUGUCUGUCUGUCUGUCUCUCUCUCUCUCUGUUUUUCUCUCUGUCUGUCUGUUUUUCUCUCUGUUUGUCUCUGUCUCUCUCUCUGUUUUUCUCUCUGUCUGUCUGUCUGUCUCUCUCUCUCUGUUUUUCUCUGUCUGUCUGUCUCUCUCUCUCUCUGUUUUUCUCUCUGUCUGUCUCUGUCUGUCUCUCUCUCUCUCUGUUUUUCUCUCUCUCUGUCUGUCUGUCUGUCUGUCUCUCUCUCUCUAUCUUUCUCUAAUUCUCUCUCUCUCAUUUUUUUUUUCCUCUUCUAAACCCUCUUUCCUACAGUGAAAGAGUUUACUAACAGACAAUCGCGUGAUGCCAAAGCACAGUUUGUGUGUGAAUGUUUUAUUUGGCAGAUUUGUUUUUAACUUGCAGCUCAGUGAAGCCUAGUAACAUUGCCACUGUUUGAACCUGAUCAUUAUAUUAUCAAAACUAAUGAACCACGUGGUUUCUUAACACACCGCAGGUACUCAAGACCAGAAAGUUAACUGUUGGACUAACGGCUAGAGAAUAUAACUUCUUUAUAUAGCUUCCAAGCUGUUAUUGAAACAUAACCUUGUCAGAGUGGAGAAUAAAGUCACUCGAUGUUCAUCAGUCUGAUGAAACGUUCUGGUGUCAGUGAUUAUUUCAAUGCAAAAUGGUUUAAUCUUUUUAAAGAAAUUUUCUCAACCUGUGGCAUCUAACCUCAUAUUUUGUAAAAAAAAGAAAUUGUAUAUUGUGCCAAUGAAUGUACAUUAAACUAACAAGAUCUGUG